AUUAGUGUUGAAUGACUUGAAUUAAAUAAUUACCAGAACAUCCUGGUCAUUCUGGGUCAUGAUGGAAAACGUUGACGUUAAAGUAGUGAAUUGAAAAUCUACCUUGUGUGUUGGUUUUAAAGUCACGCUGAUAAAGUUCAUGUCUUAUAACGGAUGUUCCAGCUUAUAUAUGUGUUAACAGUAGGACUAUACUCAUAUGUAUCGUAGUCGUGCACGUAUGGUGUACCAUUUGGAUCAAAUGUACAAGGGUACAAGUGGGAUUAAUGAAAUUUUAUCUGCAGAGAUGUCUGGUACCUAAAUUCAAGUUGUACUCUCGCUGGUGUCGCAGAAUGCCGACGGAUGCCCCUUGGCAGAUGUUUGUUCAAGUUGGGAAGAGCAGGCCGUUUCUAUUAUUUGUAAUAUUGGUAUUGCUGGUCUUCUUGUUUAGUCACUAUGUGGCAUCAUCUGGUGGCGUAGGUAUUGUAAUCGCCCAGUUUCCGGCCGCUAACAACCAACUGCAUAGCAACCAGUCCGUACUGAAUGCCUUGUAUAGCGAUUCACUGCCUAACGGGGACAAUGUCAAGGACGUUAAAACUAAUGAAACUGUUGAGAAAAAUACCCUUAGAAACGUUCAAGAAGGAUUAAUAGUGGAAACUAACAACGGUAGAAAAUGCAGUGAAAAGAAGUUCGAUGUUAGUUUUCUAAAAGUUCACAAAGCUGGAAGUACAACGCUUAUGAACAUUUUCCUACGAUUUGCUAUUGAACAUAAGCUAAAUAUAGUUCUUCCACGAAAAUCAACAGGAUACGGGUUUAAUUACUUAGGAUAUGGAGAGACUGUUUCCAAAAAUAAAAUAGUUCCACUUCCGGCGAACGAAACUUACAAUAUUCUGUGCAAUCACGUGGUCUAUAAUAGAGAAGCUUUUCAUUCCAUAAUGCCGGACGACACAGUCUACGUCGGAAUAAUCCGAGAACCAGUCAGUCAUUUUACGUCUGCUGCGUCAUAUUAUGGGUUCUACAAACAUUUACGAGAAUUGUCAGCAGGUAAUCUUUCUCAGGAAAAGGUUGUUAGUGAAUUUUUGAAAAAUCCUUUACAGACAAGAAUACAAACAUACUUUGUUUACAACCGGAUGUCUUUUGACUUUGGAAUUCCAAAACUCAAGUUCCAUGAUGAUACGUAUGUUGACAAAUACAUCGAAGAAGUUGAUAGAGAUUAUUCACUAGUGCUGAUAUUAGAACAUUUUCAAGAAUCUUUGGUUCUCAUGAAACGGAUAUUAUGUUGGGACACAAAAGAUAUUUUGUACGUCCCACUUAAUGCUAUGAGAAAUAAACCAGAAUUUGAUUUAGACAGUAAAGACCUUGAAAAUCUCAGGAAAUGGAAUAGUGCCGAUUUUAAAUUGUAUGAACAUUUUUAUAAAGUGUUUACUAUAAAGGUUGAAUCUCAAGGUAAUGAUUUAAAAGAGGAAGUGGAAAGCUUCAAAAUAAUACAAGGAGAGGUGAUAACAUUUUGCAACAAAGCAGUUGGACAGAGAAAUACUACUGCUAUUUUUACAGUCCCUAAAACUAAAUGGGGUGAGAGUUUUACGGUAACAUUGAAGGAUUGUAGACUUAUGAUGGAGCCCGAGUUGCCGAUGAUGAAACGGUUGAUAGAAAAUGCAUGGUCACGGUAUUCUGCGUCAAAAGCAAAGAAAUUGUAAGAAUGAAAAGUAAUAAUGAAAUGACAGAUCAAUGCAUGCAGUAAUUGACGGUCCUUGGUGGUAAAAUCAGUUUGCUGUAGACCAGUCUCAUAACUGAGGCAUCCGAUUGGUUGUUCGUUGGUACAAUCUGCAUUGGCCAAUGGAAAAUUUGAAUUUAGAGACUGGUCUCUAGACUGACUUUUAUAAUCAUUAACGUUAACCGAAUAUCAAAAGUACAGUCGAAGUCUUUCUCACUUACCAGAAGUCUGCAGUGGUUCGUCACCUGAAUAUUGAACCACUGGUAGAUGGGAAGACGCUGAAACUCGAUACCUCGGUGAUCUUUUUAGCUCAUCUGAUUUUUUGAAAAAAAAUGAUGAGUUAUUGUCAUCACUUGAGCGGUUGUCGGCGUCGGCGUCUGCGUCGGCGUUGCCUGGUUAAGUUUUAUGUUUAGGUCAGCUUUUCUCCUAAACUAUCAAAGCUAUUGCUUUGAAACUUGGAAUACUUGUUCACCAUCAUAAGCUGACCCUGUAUAGCAAGAAACAUAACUCCAUCUUGCUUUUUGCAAGAUUUAUGGCCCCUUUUGUACUUAGAAAAUAUCAGAUUUCUUGGUUAAGUUUUAUGUUUAGGUCAACUUUUCUCCUAAACUAUCAAAGCUAUUGCUUUGAAACUUGGAAUACUUGUUCACCAUCAUAAGCAGACCCUGUACAUCAAGAAACAUAACUCCAUCUUGCUUUUUGCAAGAUUUAUUGCCCCUUUUGGACUUAGAAAAUCAGUUUUCUUGGUUAAGUUUUAUGUUUAGGUCAGCUUUUAUCCUAAACUAUCAAAGCUAUUGCUUUAAAACUUGCAACACUUGUUCACCAUCAAAAGUUAACCCUGUAUAGCAAUAAACAUAACUCCGUCCUGCUUUUUGCAAGAUUUAUGGCCCCUUUUGGACUUAGAAAAUAUCAGAUUUCUUGGUUAAGUUUUAUGUUUAGGUCAACUUUUUCUCUUAAACUAUCAAAGCUAUUGCUUUGAAACUUGCAACACUUGUUCACCAUCAUAAGCUGACCCUGUACAGCAAGCAACAUAACUCCAUCCUGCUUUUUGCAAUAAUUAUUUCCCCUUUUGGACUUAGAAAAUCAUUUUCUUGGUUGAGUAUUAUGUUUAAGUCAACUUUUCUCAUAAACUAUCAAAGCUAUUGCUUUAAAACUUGCAACAGUUUUUACCAUCAUAAGUGGACACUGUACAUCAAGAAACAUAACUCUAUCCUGCUUUUUGCAAGAAUGAUGGCCCUUUUUAGACUUAGAAAAUCAUGGGUAGGACAAUAUUUCUAUUACACAAAAAAAAUCAGAUGAGCGUCAGCACCCGCAAGGCGGUGCUCUUGUUUUUAUUUAACUUAGUUAAACAGCUUGUUAGAUACCAAAUGUUAUAGCGCUUCAGUUUUGGCCUUUGAGUAUAAAAAAGAAGUUGGAUACCUUUGUCCAAGGCUAUAAAGCUGAGUUUUGAAACCAGUCUUAGAACCCCGUAUCUGAUUGGUUGGUUCUGAACUCCAUUUUUGAAAUUGACAGAUGGGGAUGUUGUUUUUCAAGAGACUCGUUUCCAUUCUUAUUUUAUAACCUUGUAGACAGGGUUGGUAUCCGAACUAGGGAAGGCACAGGCCUGGUAUUUAUGUUUCAGUCACAUUUUGCAUGUCAGAAAUACUGUAAGCGUUUAAUAAUGGUUUAUUUUUGAUGUAAUCAGUAUUUAUGCAUUGUCUAGGGUGUGCAGCAUAGUGUAAUCUGUACGAGGUUGAUAUGUUUAGUAGUGAGUUAGUAGCAGGAGAAAGUCUGCAAGUUGUGUUAGUGAAACAAUGUUUGUGCGUGCGUGUUUGUGUAGGAUCUCAUAAUGGACAAUCAUUUUAGUGUUAUGAUCUGUAAAAGUUCACCCGUUUUGACGAGAUUGUUCCGCUCGUUUUUUGAGUGGCGUUACCAUUACCUUAUACAUUUUUAUAAGACUUAACUUUACUUAUAUACGGUAGUUUUGUGUAUUAAGUUGUAUGACACCUAUGUCUUUCGUGAUACAGAGUCAAAACAGUUGCUUUUCUGUGAUGUUAACAUUGACCUGUAUUAUUCUUUUUCAUUUUCAUAACAUAAAAAAUCAAGGUUACAUUUAGCUUAAUUUCCCCAUAGGCCUACAUGUUACGGGUCCGUUCUAUGACGUUAUUUUGGGGAUCUAGGUUUAAGACCAGCCUUAAAACCCGUGCAUUAUGAUUUGUUCGUGGUAACUUUUUACCUUAGUAUGAACAUAUAGCGUAAUCAGACUGGUAACAUACACUCUGAAGCAUCAGCAGAGUGGUUUCUUAUUAUCGCAUAUUUCUGCCACCAGAUAGGUAGGUAGCUAACGCGAUAAUAGAGUAAACUUUCUAGGAAAUGUGUGCAGUUUUCUGAAAACAUUUUAGCAAUAACUGAUAUUUUCUAGAUAUUUAUUCUACAUUUGUAUCUAGCGCAAAAUGUUGUGUUAAUGUUUGAAACUACCACGAGAUGCUUGGUAGCUAUCACUACAAUAUUCAUAAUUUCCAGGAAAGAUGUGCAUUAUUCUGAAAAUAUUAUCCCACUAAAUUAUUUUUAGCUCGACUAUUCGAAGAAUAAGUAGAGCUAUCCUACUCACCACGGCGUCGGCGUUGGCGUCGGCGUCGGCGUCGGCGUCACACCCUGGUUAAGUUUUUCGUACCAGUCCACAUUUUGACAAAGUCUUUUGAGAUAAAGCUUUGAAACUUUCAACACUUGUUUACCAUCACCAUGUCCAGUUAUAGGCAAGAGUACAUAACUCUGUCAAGCAUUUUGACUGAAUUAUGGCCCCUUUUGACUUAGAAAUCUUGGUUAAGUUUUUCGUACCAGUUCAUAUUUUGACAAAGUCUUCUGAGAUAAAGCUUUGAAACUUUCAACACUUGUUUACCAUCACCAUGUCCAGUUGUAGGCAAGAGUACAUAACUCCAUCAAGCAUUUUGGUUGAAUUAUUGCCCCUUUUUGACUUAGAAAUCUUGGUUAAGUUUUUCGUACCAGUCUACAUUUUGACAAAGUCUUUUGAGAUAUAGCUUUGAAACUUUCAACACUUGUUUACCAUCACAAUGUCCAGUUGUAGGCAAGAGUACAUAACUCCAUCAAGCAUUUUGGCUGAAUUAUGGCCCCUUCUGACUUAGAAAUCUUGGUUUUUUCAUACCUGUUUAUAUUUUGUGUAAAGUGUUUGACAUAUGGCUUUGAAACUUUUAUAUCUUGUUCAGUAUUAUAGUCUCUAUCAAUAGGCAAGAGUACAUAACUCUGUCAUUAUUUUUUGGCUGAAUUAUGGCCCUUUUUGAACUUGGAAAUUGGUUCUGUUUUCGUAUAUAUCCAUGUUUUGUCAAGACUAUUUGACAUAUGGCUUUUAAACUUUAGACACUUGUUUGUCAUUAUGAUUUCCAUCUGUAGGCAAGAGUACAUAACUCUGACAACUAUUUUGGCUGAAUUAUGGCUCUUUUUGGACUUUGAAAUUUUUGUCAAAACGGUUUGAACUGUGGCUUUGAAACUUUUAAGACUAGUAUAUCAACAUGAUUUCCAUCUAUGACAAGUGUACAUAACUCUGUCAACUAUUUUGACUGAAUUAUGACCCUUUUUGGACUUGAAAAUUAGUUAAAUUUUUCAUACAAGUCCAUAUUUUGCCUAACAUAUAACUUAACAUAUUUGCCAUCAUGGUCACACAUUGCCAUUUAGUGCAAGACUAAUCGAAAUCCACAAAUACAGGAACAUGUUUUGUUUAAUCCCUUUUUUUCUUUUGUCUGAAAAUCUACAGAAAUAUUUUGACCCCAUUCUUCAAUCAAUUCUUCGAAUAGUCGAGCGCGCUGUCAUCCGACAGCUCUUGUUUCUAGAUAUGAUUUCUUAUUUCCAGGAAACUUUAGGCUAUUGAGAUAAACUUUUCAGAAAAGUCAAAAAUAUCAGGAUAAUUCCUGAAAGUAUGGAAGAAGCUAUCUAGCUAUUAAAUAGCAGCUGUGGGCACUUAGGCAAACGCUUCAUGAUAAUGUAAAUUGUCGCAAUAAUAUUUCCAGGAAACUUUUAACUAUCGAGAUAAUUGUUUCAGAAAGCUUUGGUUAUCAAGAUAAUUUUUUUAAAGUAUCGCGAUAGUUACCUAGCUAUCUCGUGGCAGAAAUAUGCUACCAUAGUUUACAGACAGGAAGGUUAUGUUUGGACUAAAAUACUCGUCAUAAACCAGUUAAGGUUUGCUAAUGAGAUUACAACGUUACAACGAAAGCACACCGGAAGUUUGUGUACUCCAUAUUAUAUAAUGUAAAUGACACUUUAAUUGAGUGUUAGUGUAGUAGUUUGUAUCCUGUGGUAAACUUACAUUAAAGGUCCAAUACUAAGGAAAGUGAACAUUUUAAUUUCUUUUAAAAAGCACAGAAAUUAUUUCAUUUUAUUGGAAAAUGAAAGUUGGUAUGUAGAAAUUCGAAAUAAAUCGCAGUAUAUGUACAAUUAUUUUUCUAUGAAGUAUGAAGAAAGUUAAAAAGACCUGGGGGUCAUUCUGUCGAUUCAUUGAAAUUUCAACGUAAUACACAUACGUUUCUCUGAGUUCCAAAGACCUUCUGUAAAUUUUGACCUGCCAAUCUUCAUUAUUUAGUGUCUUGCAGAAGUCUAUGCACUGGCUAUGAAAAAAAUUGCCAACUCACUUUCCCUUAGUAAUGGACCUUUUAGGCCAAAAGUAAAUUAUUAUUUCUUUGUAGUGCCGGAUAUGAGGAUGAAAAGAGUAGAUCAAAAUUUUGACACGUAUAAUGCAUUCUUUAUUGACCUUUUGGUUGUCGGGUGUACAUUUUUAAAAAUGUUUCAUGUUGCGAAAGAAGUCUAACAUAUAAAAAUGAUAAAAUUUACGGCUAACAAACGUUUCAGUGAAGUGGUGAUAUUUAUGAUCAUUACGAUUAAAUUCCGGGACCCGUUUAAAGUGAAGUGUAUUAUUAUGAUAGUUAGACAUUUAAAGCGAUAUCUUUGCCUUCUAGCACGUGUUAAUACUCUAUUUAUAAGCAUAAUUUACAUGAACUGUUUUAGUAAAAAUAGUUGAAAGUGUUCAUUUUAAGCUCACCUGAAACUUUUGAUACGAAGUGUUUCAGAUUGAACUCUUAGUGUUGGUGGUUGAUCCGUCAUCAGUUGUCCGUCUUCAGUAAUCUUAUUAUUGAUACUCUAUAGAUAAAAGUUUUGACCAAAUCUUUAUGAACCUUAGUUCGAAACUACAAACCUUUAGAGGCUUCAUUUUCUGCCUAAUCUACAUGAAACUUAGUCAGUUUUUCAAAACUUUGUUAUAUAUAUUAAAACUGGAUCACUUGUUCAAAUUAAUCAUAGAUAUAUCAUAUUAAUUCUAGGAGGUUUCAGCUUGUAAAUAAUUUAGAUGAAAUCUGGAUUUGCCUGCAGUCUCAAAAACUGGGUCACCUCGGGAAAGUAACUAGGUCACUAGGUCAGAUAGUAGAAAAACAUUAUUAAGAAGUUAAAAGUAGUAUUUUAUCUGAUUUUUGAAAAUUUCUUUUUGUAAUUAAGCUUUAACUUUAUAUCUCAUAGUAAUAAUACAUAUACUCAUAUGGGCGAUGUAGGGCUGUAAUGGCCAUCCUAAGCGUUAUACAGUUAAACCUGUGAUUAAGUUCUCCUGUGAACACAGACUACUUGCAUCAAGGACCACCCCAGGUUUCGUUUCCGACUUAAAUGUAUGCAGUGCGUUUUAAAGUAUGAAUGCAGUCAACUUGAAAAUAAUGACAACUUUUUAAGUCAUGUGACUGUAUCCUGUUACAUUAUACAUAUUACCUGUGUAUAAACAAUGCACUUUCUUGUGAAAGGGCCCAAAAGUGGUUGUUGUAUACAAGUGGUCUUUAUUCCCACAUAUAAACACACUGUAAAUAUUUAAAUCGUAACUGAAUGGUUCGGUCUUUAAAGUUCUUUAGUUCGCAGAAGGUCUUUAACAUAGGUUUGAUUAUUUUGUUAUGACAUGACUGUGUUCCUUAUAAAUGGGGUUCAUUGUAAAGUGUACUGAUGUUGUGUUCGGUACAUGCACUUAAAAAAUUUCUAACGCAACACUUAGUAUAUACCAAAUAUUCUUUUAAACUGAAUUUACAUAGUUUUUGGAAGACGUCGUAUUUUAACAAAAGUAGUUUAACUUCUCAUGUAUAGCUGGACAAAUAUAUUGUUUUGUUUUGUUCUGAUUUAUUGUCCUAAAAAGCUCUUUCAUAACUUCAUUACAUUCUGCUGCUGAAAUUUGGAUACAUAGAAAUUAUUGUUCUGAAGGCGUGCUUAUUUUGGAAAGUUUAUUCUGCUCUUGGUAACUUUGAAGAUGUUGACAAAAUAACUAGUGUUGCGUGAUAAGUUUGGUUAAAUAUAUUAUUAUAUAUAUAUACUAUACAGGUGCGCCACUGAAGGCAUUGGUGGUUCUUUUGUAAUAUUAUACAUGUGCAAAUGUUAUAAGGUAUUUACACUGCAGUUUUAUUUUAUACGUCAAGGUAUUGCUUUUUUUGUUAUAUUUUUUUUCAGUCAUUUUGUAAAUUUUAUAUAUAAGUGUUCAUGGUUAUAAUUUAAAAAUGACCCAUAUGUCUAGAUCUGCAAAACACUCCAAUAAUAUAUGUACAUGCAUUUUAUAUUGUUGAGGCGUUUACUGUAAUAGUGAAUAAACUAUUGAAUGAG